CUGCUACUCCAAUAUCGCUAGCUGAUAGGGCUAAGGCGGAAGUUGACGUCUCUAGACCCUUACCAGACGCAUGGACUGCACAAAUAGUGGCAGCGCCACAAGAUCGAAUACAGCCAUCCACCACUAAGCUAGAAUCCAAGCAAUCAGUAGCCUCUUCUGGUG